GGUACCUCGGCCCCGAGGGGGCGGGCGGGGGUCUCCAGCUGCCGAGAGGAACCCCGAGGACUUCACGGGAUUUUUCCUUCUUCUCUCCUAUUUCUCCUCCUCUCUCCUCCUCCUUCUUCUCCUCCUCCUCCACCUCCUUCUCCUCCCCCCGCUGCUCCUCCCGCUCCCGCUCCCCUUCCCGCGGCGGGCCGGCGGCCGCAGCAGACGCCGCGCUGCCGUGAGGAUGCCGCAGCUGCCGGGGGCCGGGGGUGGUGGGGGGGACCCGGAGCUCUGUGCCACCGACGAGAUGAUCCCCUUCAAGGACGAAGGGGACCCCCAGAAGGAGAAGAUCUUCGCCGAGAUCAGCCACCCCGAGGAGGAGGGCGAUCUGGCCGACAUCAAGUCGUCCCUCGUCAACGAGUCCGAGAUCGCCCCCGGCGCCAACGGGCACGAGGUUUCCAGACAGACUCAAGCACAGGAUUCCUACCAUGAUAAAGGCAGAGAGCACCCCGAGGAAGGAAAGCAUCCAGACAGUGGCUUAUACAGCAAGGGACCAUCAUACUCUGGUUAUUCUGGGUAUAUCAUGAUGCCAAAUAUGAAUAACGACCCGUACAUGCCUAAUGGAUCUCUGUCACCACCCAUCCCCAGAACAUCAAACAAGGUGCCAGUGGUACAGCCUUCUCAUGCGGUUCACCCCCUCACCCCUCUUAUCACCUACAGCGAUGAGCACUUUUCCCCAGGGUCACACCCAUCUCACAUCCCCUCCGACGUCAGCUCCAAACAAGGCAUGUCCAGGCAUCCUCCAGCUCCUGAUCUCCCUACCUUCUAUCCCUUGUCUCCAGGGGGGGUUGGACAGAUAACACCACCUCUUGGCUGGCAAGGUCAGCCUGUAUAUCCCAUCUCGAGUGGAUUCAGGCAGCCCUAUCCAUCCUCACUCUCAGUCGACCCUUCCAUGUCCAGGUUUUCACAUCACAUGAUUCCUGGUCCUCCAGGCCCUCACACAACUGGAAUCCCUCACCCAGCUAUUGUAACACCUCAAGUAAAACAAGAACACCCGCACAACGACAGUGAGCUAAUGCAUGUGAAGCCUCAGCACGAACAGAGAAAAGAACAAGAGCCAAAAAGACCUCAUAUUAAGAAACCUCUGAAUGCUUUCAUGUUGUACAUGAAAGAAAUGAGAGCGAACGUUGUAGCAGAGUGUACUCUGAAAGAAAGCGCAGCUAUCAACCAGAUCCUUGGCAGAAGGUGGCAUGCUCUCUCCCGUGAAGAACAAGCGAAAUAUUAUGAACUAGCUCGUAAAGAAAGGCAGCUACACAUGCAGCUUUAUCCAGGCUGGUCUGCAAGAGACAACUAUGGGAAGAAAAAGAAGAGGAAGAGAGAAAAGUUGCAGGAAUCAGCAUCAGGUACAGGUCCCAGAAUGACAGCUGCCUACAUCUGAAGCAUGGUGGGAAAAGAAAUGCUUUCUCAACUUGCAAAGCAAAGGCGGCGACACCAGGACCCCUUCUGGAGAUGGAAGCUUGUUAAACCCUAGGUGUGUCCUUCAUCCACACAGACCACCCCCAAGGAGUCUGUCUAGGAUGUCAUUCACUGAUGUCACUGCUAGAGACACUGAAUCAUAAAGACAAUCACUGCCAAAAUCCUUCACUAUCACAAGGUCCAGCCCUGACAUAUGUAGAGCAAAUGAGCUCCUGGGUCAGCAGGCAGCUUUUUUGCCUUCACCUCUGUCUUGCACUCGUAAGCCCCCAUCUCAUCUGUGUCCAUAUCAAGUCAGCAAAGUAGCGUGGCUGUUUGUGCCUGCUUCAGCCACCAGGACAACCUAGAGCACAGCUGCCCCAUACAGCACACCGAGGAAGGGGAUUUGCUUGGGCCAGGAUGCCACACUCGACCUUCUUGUUAUUUAAUGGUGCGACAGGAUCAAUUUUUGGUUUAGCUUUUUU